AUGGGAAAGAAAAACGUCACGGUGAUCGAUGGGAAAAAAAGGAGAAUCUUGGAGACGUUCGAAGAGAUCAUCUCUUUUAUUAAAGAAGAAGGAAUCGGGAAAGAUGUUCUAUUUGACGAAGUUCCUCUCACCCUUGGAAUGCCGGGACGGCCGGAUGAGGAGAGCCUUUCUAAUCACUGGAAGGGCAUCAUCCACAAGGUUAAGGGUGUGAAGAGCCUCACGGUGGCAUUCCGACCACAUGAUGAGACUUAUAAGAGUGACAUCUCUCUCAGCGAUAUCAAGAUCGAUGACGUCGACAUCAAUGUCAUGAAAAUUGUGAUGAGGAACACUUGGAAUGUCACAAAGUUAUUCUUAGCCCUUGGAGACACUCCAGGAUAUCGUAAGCCCCUGUAUGCUGUUGUGGACACCACGGAGAGAAGAAAUUACCUUGUGAACAUUCUUCAAGAUGUGUACAGGACUCCAGUUGGAUUUGUGGAUGAGCACGGAAUGAUCCAUGGGAAAAGCAAAACCCUGUUGAGAAGGAUCGAAGCUCUUGGGAUUUCUUUUCAGUCAUAUGGCGACUCAUCAACAGCGGCCAAUCAGGAACAAAUUCGGCAAGGAAUCCUCCUCCUACAUAUGGGAAGCGCUCUUUGUCAAAAAGACUCACUUGAUCAUCUCCGCACCUAUCGGAAUGUGUUGGAAUUUCGGCGGACAGAUGCAUUGUCUCCUAAUGAAAUCGUCAACUACAAUGGCCUGCAUGAAGUUCAAUGGACGCUUCAUAGCAAAAUUACCAAUUUGUUUGUGGAUGAUUAUUGCAUCCAGGCCCCCGACAUGGAUAAAGAGAGGGAAAAUUGGUUACGUGCACUUGAAGAGUUGAAUAAGAAGGAAAGGCAUCUCUUGCUGACUGUGAAUCCGAAGCUUGAUGUGGAAGUCAUUGAACUACCUGAUUCAGAGCACCCCAAUAUGUGUACAGAUCCACAGUUUCUGGAGAAAAUUCUUAUAAAUGAGACCUCCAAGUCGUUACAGCUUGGAGUCAACAGCCUUGCCACAGGCUCCCAUCCGGGAGCAUUGGUGCCUGGCCCAAUGCCAAAGCGCAUCAGUAUAUCAUAUCAAUGUCUUGAGCAGCACGCUGGUUACAAGUGCAAAGGACAAGAAAAGUAUGUGCUUGAACAAGUAAAGAAUUUGCCCACCGUGCACGUACUGCUGUCAGACGCGAAUCUAAUGAAAUUGCUACAGAGUAGCGAAGACUGUGGCGAGAAUCUAACCUUUGUACACCCCAAUGAUUUUCGAGGAUGUGAAUCCAAUGUUGUCGUUUCUGUGAAUGUUGAUACUUUCUAUCUCUUGGAAAGCCUGUCAAGAGCGCGAACGCAACUCUUCAUCAUCGACUACUUAUUAGAUAAUGAAGAAGCUUGGCGCACCAUGGAAAAGGAUAAACGAGUGGAUAAGGAAGUAGUUCAAGAUCACAUUGCUUUAGACAACCAGACGCUUCUCAGCCUAGAUAACUUUGGAAAGUUCCUGGUCCGGGGAAUUUUUAAUGAGAAAAAGGAGAAUACAAUUUGA